UAUUAAUGUAUAUUGAUGGCGACGAAUCUUAUCGGGUAAUCUUCUUAUACGGACGGACAGCAGAGGAAUGCUACUAAAAAGACUGUGUCAGUUACACAUCGGAAAGAACAAAGCCAAGAUUACGAGAAUUUGUGUCGUCUAACUAAAUCUUGGUUUACACUGAGAAAAAAUCGAUGGGUGGGCAGAGAGUGAUUGAAGAAACAGAAGAAUCCAUGAAGAGCAAGACCUCUCUGGUUUUCGCAAUUAAUGGAGAAAGAUUCGAGCUCGAGCUUUCUUCCCUUGAUCCUUCAACCACACUCAUCGAUUUCUUGCGUAACAAGACUCCUUUCAAGAGCGUCAAACUUGGCUGUGGCGAAGGUGGUUGUGGCGCUUGCGUUGUACUUCUCUCAAAGUAUGACCCACUGCUCGAAAAAGUCGACGACUUCACAGUCAGUUCGUGUCUCACGCUCCUCUGCAGCAUCGAUGGCUGCUCCAUCACUACCUCUGAAGGCCUCGGUAACAGCAGAGCCGGUUUCCACGCGGUCCACGAGCGCAUCGCCGGUUUUCACGCCACGCAAUGCGGUUUCUGCACGCCCGGUAUGAGCGUUUCCAUGUUCUCCGCUCUCUUAAACGCCGAUAAGUCUUCACCGCCUCGCAGCGGUUACUCAAACCUCACGGCUGCAGAAGCCGAGAAGGCCGUGGCCGGAAAUCUAUGCCGGUGUACCGGAUACAGACCGCUCGUGGACGCUUGCAAGAGUUUUUCAGCUGAUGUUGAUAUCGAAGAUCUCGGAUUCAAUUCCUUUUGCAAGAAGGGAGAAAACAGAGAUGAUGUUUUAGGGAGGUUGCCAUGUUAUGAUCAUACAUCAUCUCAGGUGAUCUGUACAUUCCCGGAGUUCUUGAAGAACGAGAUCAAGAUCGAUAUGAGUCUUGAUCCGAGAAAGUACAGAUGGUCUCGCCCGGUUAGUGCCUCGGAGCUUCAAGGGCUACUAGAGGUUGAGAAUGGAUUGGCGGUUAAGUUAGUUGCGGGUAACACGAGUACAGGGUAUUACAAAGAAGAGAAACAGAGGAAGUACGAUAGGUUUUUCGAUAUAAGAAGGAUCCCUGAGCUAACUGUGGUGAGAAGAGGUGAUAAAGGGAUUGAGUUAGGAGCUGCUGUUACUAUAUCGAAAGCUAUUGAGGCUCUAAGAGAGAAAGAAGAUGUUUCUAUGCUGGCGAAACUCGCGAGCCACAUGGAGAAGAUUGCGAGCAGAUUCGUAAGGAACACGGGAACUAUAGGUGGAAACAUCGUGAUGGCUCAGAGGAAACAGUUUCCAUCGGACCUCACAACCAUUCUUGUUGCUGCUCGAGCUACAGUGAAGAUCAUGAGUGUUGGCUCGGGUCAAGAACAGUUUACGCUGGAAGAGUUUCUUCAACAGCCUCCUCUUGAAGCCAAAUCUGUUCUUUUGAGCGUCGAGAUUCCGUCUUGGCGGCCCGUGACGAAGAAGAAGAACGGUUCUUCUUCUCCGGAUACUCGUUUGCUCUUUGAAACUUACAGAGCAGCGCCACGUCCUCUAGGAAACGCGUUGGCGUUUCUGAAUGCUGCUUUCUCGGCUGAAGUUUCUUUAAGCGAAGCAAGUGAUAGCAUCUUCGUACAUGAUUGCCUGUUAGCUUUUGGAGCUUAUGGGACCAAACAUGCUCAUAGAGCGAGGAAAGUCGAAGACUUCCUCACAGGAAAAGUGAUAACUGAUGAAGUUUUGAUGGAAGCUAUUGGCUUGCUUAAAGAUGAGAUAGUACCUGAUAAGGGUACUUCUAAUGCCGGCUAUAGAUCAAGCUUGGCUGUUACGUUUCUCUUCGAGUUCUUCGGAUCUUUAACUCAAACAAACGCUAAAACUACAAACGGUUGGCUCAACGGAGGAUGCAAAGAGAUUGAAUCUUUGAAACCUGAAGCUAUGUUGUCAUCUGCACAACAGAUAGUUGAAAACCAAGAAUAUAGUCCGGUAGGGAAAGGCAUUGUAAAGUCCGGAGCUUGUCUCCAAGCAUCUGGCGAGGCUGUUUAUGUAGACGACAUUCCUUCUCCGGAGAAUUGUCUAUACGGAGCAUUUAUCUAUAGUACAAUGCCUCUGGCGAGGAUCAAAGGCAUAAGGUUCAAGGAAAACAGAGUUCCAGAAGGAGUUCUUGGCAUCAUUACUUACAAAGAUAUUCCCAAAGACGGGCAAAAUGUCGGUACCAAAGGAUUCUUUACUCCGGACCUUUUGUUCGCCGAAGAUAUAACCCUUUGUGUUGGUCAGAUCAUCGGCUUAUUAGUUGCAGAGAGUCAAAAGCUUGCAGAUGUUGCUACAAAUCUUGUUGUGAUUGAUUAUGACACAGAGGAUUUAGAACCGCCGAUACUUACAGUAGAAGAAGCUGUCCAGAAAUCUAGUUUCUUUUCAGUUCCUCCACCUCUGCGUGGUAAACCGGUCGGUGAUAUCACCAAGGGAAUGGCUGAAGCGGAACAUAAGAUUCUUGGAUCCAAGAUAAGUUUUGGGUCACAGUACUUCUUCUACAUGGAGACACAAACGGCUCUUGCAGUGCCGGAUGAAGACAACUGUAUGGUAGUUUAUAGCUCGACACAAGCCCCAGAGUUUGUACAUCGAACCAUCGCUGGAUGUCUUGGAGUUCCUGAGCAUAAUGUCCGCGUCAUCACUCGAAGAGUUGGGGGUGGGUUCGGUGGGAAAGUCAUGAAGUCUAUGCCGGUCGCUGCAGCUUGUGCACUUGCAGCAUCCAAAAUGCAGCGUCCCGUGAGGACAUAUAUGAACCGGAAAACGGAUAUGAUAACUACCGGAGGAAGACAUCCGAUGAAAGUAACAUAUAGUGUUGGGUUCAAAGCCAAUGGGAAGAUCACUGCUUUGGAUAUAGAGGUGCUGCUUGAUGCAGGGAUAAGCGAAGAUGUAAGCCCGCUCAUGCCAUCAGGGAUACAAGGAGCACUGAUGAAGUAUGAUUGGGGUGCUCUCUCUUUCGAUGUAAAAGUAUGCAAAACAAACACAGUGAGCAGAACCGCGGUUAGAGCUCCCGGGGAUGUACAAGGAUCUUAUAUAGGAGAAGCCAUCAUUGAGAAAGUAGCUUCAUAUCUUUCAGCUGAUGUGGAUGAGAUCAGGAAGGUUAAUCUCCAUACAUAUGAGAGCUUAGGGUUGUUUCACAAUGCCAAAGCUGGUGAAUCCCCUGAGUACACGUUACCUCUGCUUUGGGACAAACUCGCUGAGUUCUCCGGAUUUAACCAGCGGAGGAAGGUGGUUGAGGAGUUUAAUGCGUCAAACAAGUGGAGAAAGAGAGGGAUCUCGCGUGUGCCUGCGGUCUAUGGAGUGUCUAUGCGGCUAACACCGGGAAGAGUAAGCGUGUUGAGCGACGGGUCAGUAGUGGUUGAGGUUCCAGGGAUUGAGAUAGGACAAGGGCUAUGGACAAAGGUGAAACAGAUGGCUGCGUAUUCUCUUGGACUGAUCCAGUGCGGUACUACAAGCGAUGAGCUUCUCGAGAAAAUCAGGGUCAUCCAAGCCGACACACUGAGUUUGGUACAAGGCUCAGUGACUGGUGGUAGCACAAGCUCUGAGGCGAGCAGUGAAGCGGUCAGGAUUUGCUGCGAUGGGUUAGUCAAGAGGCUUUUACCGGUCAAUGCCGCUUUGGUGGAGCAAACAGGAGGACCUGUGACUUGGGAAACACUCAUCAGUCAGGCUUAUCAACAAUCAAUAAACAUGGCGGUUAGUAGCACAUACUUGCCGGAUAUGUCCACUGGCGCAUAUCUUAACUAUGGAGUUGCAGCGAGCGAGGUUGAAGUAAACGUUUUGACGGGCGAAACAACAGUCCUGCGCACGGAUAUUAUCUAUGAUUGCGGGAAAAGUCUCAAUCCUGCUGUGGAUUUAGGACAGAUUGAAGGAGCAUUUGUACAAGGACUUGGGUUCUUCAUGCUUGAAGAGUACCUAAUGAACUCAGACGGUCUCAUAGUAACAGACAGCACAUGGACUUACAAGAUCCCAACGGUUGACACAAUCCCAAGACAGUUUAAUGUCGAGAUUAUCAACAGUGGACACCACAAGAACCGUGUUCUGUCAUCCAAAGCUUCGGGUGAACCGCCAUUGCUUUUAGCGUCAUCUGUUCAUUGCGCGGUCCGAGCAGCUGUUAAAGAAGCCAAGAGACAGAUUCUGACAUGGAGUAGUAACCAACAAGGGAUUGAUCUGAGCUUUGAUUUGCCUGUUCCAGCAACUAUGCCUGUUGUGAAGGAGUUUUGUGGACUCGAUGUUGUCGAGAAAUACUUGGAAUGGAAAAUCCAGCAGAGGAUGAACAUUUGAUAGCUGCUGGAAGAACAAUUUCAUAGCUUGCGUUUGUGUGUAUUAUUGAUAUGUGAAUGUAUAAGAAUGUUCGGGAUUAUGGUAAACCGGUUUCUGUAAUAAAGCUGCAUGUAUGAAUUGAGCGAACCUCUUCAACUUCUUUUGCCUCUCUAGUUUUAGUAUUUUAUAGAAGAAAUCUUUAGUUUUCUGAUAUUAAAAUCAAGUUUAUACAUAAUUUAAAAAGAUUGUGAGCA